AAUCCCCCACAGAAUACAACACCGCCAUAUCCCAGUUUCACUCUUUCUUUCUUUGUUUCUCUCUCUGAAAGUUGAAACAGAUGGCGGCUUCCCACAGUUUCAUGGCUUUUGUAGCUUUUAUCCUUGCUGCUGUUGUGCUUCCUAUGAGUGCUAGAGCAUCUGAUGGCAUCGCACCUGCUCUCGCUCCUUACGUUGACAAUAUAUGCAAUGACGUGGAAUGUGGAAAAGGAAAUUGCACUGUAGCACUUAACAGCACAUUCAACUUCAAAUGCGAAUGUGAAAAUGGUUGGAAGCGUACCCGUUUUGACAGUGAACAGGAUCUUCAGUUUCUUCCCUGCGUUAUUCCUAAUUGUUCUCUUGACUACUCGUGCAUGCCAGCAGCUCCUCCAGCUCCAUCCGUUAUUCCAUUAAAUUCAUCUUUAUUUGAUCCUUGUUAUUGGGUCUAUUGUGGCGGAGGAACAUGCACAAAGAACAAAACAAUGACGCAUACUUGCCAAUGCAACCCUGGUUACUCUAAUCUUCUCAACAUCACUGCCUUCCCCUGCUACAGUGACUGUGCCCUUGGCUCUGACUGUGCAAAGCUUGGAAUUAAGGUUUCAAACUCAACGUCUUCAAGCAAUAGCAAUCAAGACAAUAUAUGCAAAGAAGUGGAAUGUGGAAAAGGAAAUUGCAGUGUAGCACUUGACAGGCCAUUCGGCUUCAAAUGCGAAUGUGAAAAUGGUUGGAAGCAUACCCGUCUUGACAGUGAACAGGAUCUUCUGUUUCUUCCCUGCGUUAUUCCUAAUUGUUCUCUUGACUACUCGUGCAUGCCAGCAGCUCCUCCAGCUCCAUCCGUUCCAUUAAAUUCAUCUGUAUUUGAUCCUUGUUAUUGGGUCCAUUGUGGCGAAGGAACAUGCACGAAGAACAAAACAAUGACGCAAACUUGCCAAUGCAACCCUGGUUACUCUAAUCUUCUCAACAUCACUGCCUUCCCCUGCUACAGUGACUGUGCCCUUGGUUCUGACUGUGCAAAGCUUGGGAUUAAGGUUUCAAACUCAACGUCUUCAAGCAAUAGCAAUCAAGGUUCCUCAUUUCUGCCAGGAACAUUCCAUUGGAUAGCUGUCUCUCUCAUGUCCAUCGUGAUGGUUAUGUGGAAGUAGAUCAUUGGCUUUUAGUUCACCACUCCUCUCACUCCACUUAGGAUUUCAUUAUUCUCUGUAAUAUUAUAUCAUUGUUAUACUUUCAUUUUUCUGUCAAAUUGGUCUGUAAAAAUUAAUUUUAAAAAAAAUCAGUUUGUAAUUUUGUAUGUAUACGGGGUAAAAUAUUCUCAG